UGCGUUCAGUUCAGUUCAUCUUAACGUGUGUGCAACUAAAACCAGUCCGGCGGAAGUAGGGCUCGCGGCCGUGUCACAAAGGAAAUGGCGAGCGGGAUAGGCAAACACAAGAUACUGAAUGUGGGGCCAACGGAGCCCUGGUCGGUCAGGGAGAAACUGUGCCUGGCCUCCUCGGUUAUGAGGAGUGGUGACCAGAACUGGGUGUCAGUAAGUCGAGCCAUCAAGCCUUUUUCGGAGCCGGGUCGUCCACCUGACUGGUUCUCACAGAAGCACUGUGCCUCUCAAUACUCUGAGCUGCUGGAAGCCACAGAAGCACCAAAGCGUAAGCGUGGCGAGAAGGGUGAGGUAGUCGAGACUAUCGAAGAUGUCAUUGUACGCAGGCUGACCACUGAGAGGAUAGAGGAGCUGAAAAAACUACUGCGAGACACACAAGAGCAGUACAGGAAGUUGAAGAAAGAGGUGGAUCUGAUACAGACGGGUCACAUGGACUCCCAGCUGAAGGAGCUGUGGGCAGAGAUCACUGUAAAGAAGAAACAGGAUGAAGAGGAAGCAGAGCAGAAGAGGAAAGCCACAGAAACUGCAUAUCAGGCUCGUCAGGCAGUCAAAAACACACCUAAGCGUCUGCCCAGUGUAACUGUACGUUCUCCUCUGGGUGCAAGUCCCCCCACAAUGGAUUCUCAGACCGACUCCUCGGUCUCCACACCGCCCAUGGAUACAGGAGGUGUCGCCUCUGAUGACAACAGCAUCCACCCUGUUGCCCAGGGGGUCGGAGUGUUUCUACCAGCGACAGAGGCUCCAGGCCCAGGGCCCAAAGAUGGAGGCUUGGCCGCACUAGUAGAUGACUCACCACAGAAGAGGCUCCUGACCCAGAAAGCCACACCACCACCCUCUCCUCUCCUGUCAGAACUGCUGAAAAAAGGCAACCUCAUCUCAGCCAGCCCCCGUCUGGUUGCGGAUGGAGACUCUACUGGAAGCCUUACCAACGGAGUACAGACAGCCACUGCUGCCACUCCUCUACCACCUGGUCAUGAGGUCAUCACAGAGGGGGAAGCUGAAGUGAAGGCAGAGCUCGGUGAGGAGACGGGAUUAGUAGAAGAGGACCUUGUUGCUGUAUCUUACAUGGGAGACGAACUGGACCUGGAGACAGUGGGAGACAUCAUUGCCAUCAUAGAGGAGAAGGUGGAUGACUCUGUGGAGGCUUUGGAUGCGGCGGCGGUGGAAGCAGCCCUCUCUCUGUGCGAAGAGGCCGUCUCAGAAGGACACACCCUCCCAGGCCCCUGGGAGACACAGGAGCUGAAGGCUUCAGACCCCACACCCACAGUCCAAGACUCUGACCCCACACAGGAGCCUCAGGAUGUGGCUGCAAUGGCCGCCCCGACCGCUGCUGGUCUGGAGACCCAGAAUCAACCAGAUACAAAGAGAGAAGAACAGCUCAAGGGAAACUGUGAGGGACCUGAGGUGACGGGAAGUGAUGUCACUUCUUCUGUCGCCUCUGACGACGGUGCGACAGGAAGCGAAGUCACAGAAGAGGGGGCAGCGGGGAAGGAAGCCACCGAAGCAACGGUGAAGAGUGAAGGAGAGGAGUGGAGUCAGCCUGAGCCCAACCCGCCUUGUCUAGACUCUGAGGACAGCUCUGUGUCUGGGAAAGAGUCCAAGGAGGUGAAGGAGGAGGAGGCGGGGAGCGAGGGCGACCCUGAAGAAGGGAUGGAACUGAAGGAGUGUGGCGAGGGGGAGGGUCCCUAUUUGUCAGAGGUGGAACGGGCAGCCAGUGAGAGUGAAGACGGCUACGGACCUGCCUCCCAACGCUACACAGCAGAUUCACUGGCCAGCAGCCCCGCGUCUUCCUCCCAGCUGUCUACAUGCGGUGAGGAUCAGGAGGCCGUGCAGGCCCAGAAGAUCUGGAAGAAAGCCAUUAUGCUGGUGUGGAGAGCCGCAGCCAACCACAGGUAUGCCAGCGUCUUCUUACAGCCUGUGUCAGACGACAUCGCUCCCGGUUACCACAGCAUCGUACACAGACCCAUGGACCUGUCUGCCAUCAAAAAGAACAUCGAGUCCGGUGUGAUCCGUACGACCGCCGAGUUCCAGCGCGACAUCAUGCUGAUGUUUCAGAAUGCCGUCAUGUACAACUCGUCAGACCACGACGUGUACCACAUGGCGCUGGAGAUGCAGCGUGAUGUCCUGGAGCACGUCCAGCAGUUCCUGGCCACCCAGCUCAUCAUGCAGACCUCAGAGAGCGCCAUCUCCGCCAAGAGCCUCCGCGGCAGGGAGGGAAAUCGUAAGCCAGGCGAGCCGGCCGAGAAGGAUGGAGGCACCAGGGGUCGCCGUAGUGCCAUGGAGGCAGACCUCAAAAUGAAGAAAUAGACUUGAGAUUUCAGAGAACGAGACACUAAGAGAGACAAAGAGCCACUCUUGGAGUCAGAGAAGGUGGAGCUGAAUACUUACUGGUCACUUUGGUCGUUUUCUGUGGAGGACUGUGCCGUCUCUGUGUGCCUGGUGUGUGAGUGGACACACUAAUGCAUUCGUGCUUUGGCAUAGACGAGGGUAUGUGUGGAUGUGCGUGUGUAAAUGUGUCUGAGAGAGCUGCAUUGAGUUUCCUCUUCGACGGUUCCUAUGAUUGGUUAACAUGCAGCACCAUGGGAUUUCACUCCUGGCCAAAAAAAGGCCAGCGCACCCCCUUUCCCCAAAUAUCAUUUCACCAGCGAAGGUAGUUCGCUGAGGAGGUGCAGAAAAGAAGAGAAAGAGAAUAUUUUCACCAGCAAAUGUUUGUUUGGGAUCAGAUGAUAGAGAGCAGGAUGAGUUCUUCUUGAUAAAUUUGAUCAUGUUGAAUCACAGAUGCAUUAAUACUAUAACUGCAUGUUGGUCUAACAUCAGACAGAUUAGUUUGAUCACUGCUAAAAUGUGAUUCUGAGAUCAGCUAAAAACAUAUCAGAAAUCUCAACAACUGGAUUCGCUGCCUUUUUUCAUAGAUGAAAGAAUGGACGUCUUUCUUCAUUGAGAAAUUCUAAUGACGUCACCAAACUUGUGGUUUUUGACCACGUAGUUUGGCAAUUGAUCAGACUGUGUGUUGGCCAACACACAGAGGAACUGCAGUGGUUUUAGCCUGUUAACUGCAUAUACUUAACAGUUCUGCUGACCUUUUUUCCAAAGAACAAGAUUCGAUUGACAACCUGCAUUCAUGCAGCCCUGAGCUCUGUUAAAUUCAGGAUCCUGUGAAAUUAAACGUAAAAAUCAGCUUCAUAACCUGCAGAGACAUGAAACCUUCUUGAUGUGUGUAAUCCAUCACAGUAAACAGUUUGGUUUGUUAAGUUUACAUUAACAGUGUCACGUACCCCAUUUUCAAAAGUCUCUUUUUGACAUUGCAUUCAAAGACACCUCGUCAUCUGGAAAAAGACAAACUAGCUAUUGUAGAUGUGGUGAGAUGCGAAUUGGGCUCUUUUUUUUGUCUUUUUGAUAGUACAUAAUUAUUCAAUACAUUGUCAAUCAUGUCAAUUGACAAAAAAUUAGUCAACAUUUUUUAUUUUAUUUUUGGGGGACACUUUUUGCUUUUUAUUAUAGGGACAGUGGAGAGAUGACAGGGAUUGAAGGGAGAGAUUGAUGAUGGGUGACAUGAAACAAAGGUCCAUAGCCGGAUUCAAAUCAUGGACGUCGUGGUUAUAUGGCAUCCGUCUUAACCAAUAGGCUACCAAGGUGCGCCAUCAACAGUUAUUUUGAUAACCAAUUAAUUGUUUGUCAUUUCCUGGUUCCUGCUUCUCAGAUGUGAGCAUUUGCUGCUUUUCUCCAUUUUAAAUGAUUGUAAAUUGAGUAUCUUUGGUUUUAAACUAUCGUUGGGACAAAACAAGCAUUUGGCUGAAGGGAAUUCUUUUUCACUGUUUUCUGACAUUUUAUAGACUGAUUAGUACACCAAUCAACAGAUUCAUCAUUUCACGUCAACGUGUUGUUGCUGUUCAGCAGCAGAUUUGAACAUUUCACGUCUGUGUCCAUGAAAGCACCAACAGAGUUUCCAAACAGCAGAACAGUCUUUGCUCGGAGCUGCACAACCAUGUGAUGAUAAUGUAACUUCAGGAAAUCAAUCUAAAAACAAAACAUAAUGUGCUUUUUUUUAAACAGCUGGCCUGGCAGUAAUGAAUGAAAACAUAAAAUGUGGAGUUUGUUGUUGCUGAAAUAGUAUUGAUGCAUCCCUAUGUGUCAUUUAAGACAGUGGUUCCCAACCUUUUUGGCCCGUGACCCCUUAAACUAAAGCAAAGUCUACCAGGGACCCGUCGUCACAUGUUACAUUGUCUACCACUUAAGUUACUGAUUAUUGUCUUGAUUCAUCAUUAUGUCCAUAAAACGUCAGAAAAUAGUGAAAAAUAUCCUUUAAAGUUCCCCACAGUCCAAGGUUACGUCAUCAAAUGUUUUGUGACUAAGAAUCCAAAACCCAAAGUAAUUCAGUUAAUCAUCACGUUUGACAAAGAAAAGCAAUAAAUCAUCACAUUUGAAGCUGAAACCAGUUUAUUUUUGUCAUUUUUUGCUUAUAAAAUGAUUAUUUAAUUAUCAAAAUAGUUGCUGAUUAAUCUUCUGUCAGUUGACUUAAUCGAUUAAUCUUGCAGCUCUAGAAAAGACUUUUGUUUUAUUUGAAUAACUUUUAGAGGUUUGAGGAGGUAAAAUACAGAAAUCUGCAAGAAAUAAAGGAAAAAUUAGAAGAAAGCUGGAUGAAAAACACAAUUUUGUGUCCAAAAGGUUUUUUUUUCUGUAUCCUAUCAUCUCACCCUUUGAGUGAGCCAGCGACCCCUUGUGGAGGUCCCGACCCCAAGGUUGGGAACCACUACUUAGGACGUAGCCAGACUGCUACAGUAUGUAAACAUCGUAAGAAACAUGUUUGUGUAAUGUGUUAGUUGGGAGUACAAAACAAGUUUUGUACCUGUGUGAUGGACCAUGUAGAGUUUUGUGUUUGUUUAGCUGAUACAUGUAUCAUGUGUUCUGUUGUACAUUUGUUAAAUAAAAAGAUUAUUUGAUCUAAACUCAAAA